AUCAACCCAGCCAUGAAACAGCACGGCGUGCGCCGUGUUUUGACCAUGAGCACCACGUCGUACGUCGACACCAAAGGCGGCGACGCCGACUCGGCGCUGCGCUGGGCCAUGCGCACCGGCGUGUGGCUGACGUUCGGCGCCGCGUACCGCGCCAUGCUCGGCAUCGCGGGCGUGUUUCGUGACGAGGGGGAACGGGAGGGGAGCAAUAUCGAGUGGACAGUCUACCGCGUGCCGAUCCUGCUUGGUGUUGAUGCAAGCUGGGCUGUCGAUCGCGAACAGGGUCAUGUGCAUGCGGGACCGACGGGCCCGGAGUGGACGUAUUCGAUCAGGCGCGGCCAGCUCGCGCGCUGGCUGCUGGAUCAGGCGGAGGAUACGACGGGUAGGUUUGUGAGGGCGUUUCCGGCUGUUUCGACGGCGAGAGCGAAGUGA